ACAACAGACUUGUGGAGAAGGAGAAAGAAUUAAAUGAGAAAAAUGAAGAGCUGAAGAUUCUAAAAGAACGUUUAGAGACUAAUGAGAAGACUCUUUCUGAGAGAGACGCAGUGUUAAUGGAAACAAAUAAUAAACUUCAACAUGCUACUGAAGAAGUUAAAGAGAAAAUCUCACAACUGGAGAAUAUGAACAAACUGCUGAGUGAGAAAGAAACACAGCUGAAGAACACAGAUAAAGAGCUAGAAACCAGUAAAAACAAACUGGAGACACUGGGACAGGAGCUUCAGGACAAGAAGAGACAACUACAGGACAUGAUGAUCGUACUGGAGCAACAGAAAACUGAGUUAUCAGAAAAAAACAAACAGCUUUGGGAGAAAGACAGACUUCUAGAGGAGAAAACAAAGCAGAUGCAGGCCCAUUUAGAAACAUCAGCCCCCAUCAGGAGAAGAAACAGCAAGGACUUACCUCCAGAAAUGAGUGGAGAAUUGUCAGGUCCACAUUCCCCAGUGUCCUUUCCUGUAGCAGAACUGAGGCUGGUGCUGCUGGGGAGGACGGGGUCUGGGAAGAGUGCAGCAGGAAACACCAUCCUGAGCAGAGAGGAGAGGAACCAGGCUGCUACAUCUACAGCUACAUCUACAUCCACCCAGCAGAGUGGGAGUACACAGGGGGAGGUGGCUGGGAGGAAGGUGACUGUGGUGGACACUCCUGACUGGUUCUCUCCUGGACUCUCUUUGGAGAAGCUGAGACAGGACGUGGGUCUCUGUGUCCAUCUGUCUGCUCCAGGACCCCAUGCCUUUCUUCUGGUCAUUCCUGGAAAGCAGACUACAGGAGAGGAGAGAGGGAUGCUGGAGAAAAUGGAGGAGAUUUUUGGAGAGAGAUGUUGGAGAAACACCAUCAUCAUAUUCAGUGUUACUGAUCAAUUUCAGAAGAACAACAUUAGGGAGUUUAUCCAGUCAGGAGACCAGGAUGUCCAGAGACUUGUAGAGAAAUGUGGAAACAGGUUUCACUGUCUCAACGUUAAUGACAGUGGAGAUGGUUCUCAGGUCUCAGAGCUGCUGGAGAAGAUCGAGAAGAUGGUGGAAGGGAAAGGUGAGAAAUUCUACAGCAGUGAGAUCUACCUGGAGACAGAAUCUCAGAUUAGAGAAAUGAAGACUAAGAUCCUAAAGAAAAGAGGAGAGAUGAGGAUGAGAGAGGAGAUGGAAGCAAAGGAAAAACUAGAUAAGGAGGUGCAGGACUUACUGAGAAAGAUAGAGGGAGUGAUCCAGGAGCAUGAAGGAGACUUUAGAAAACUGAAUGACCGAACAACUGAACUGGAGAGAAAGAUAAAAGAAGAGAGAGAUGAAGAGAAAAAGAGAGAACUUGAGAGGGAGCUGAAACGAGAGGUAGAGCAAAGGACAGCAAUGGAAGAAAAGGUAAAAAAACUAAAAGAAAAGAGAGAGAAGGAAAGGAGAGAGAUGGAGGAGAGGCACCAAAAGGAGAUGGAGGAAAUUAGAGAGAUGUAUGAACAAGAGGUCAGGAUGGAGACAGAGAGAAACCUCACGAAGAUCAUUCUGCCUGAACUCCAGAGUAACAUUUUGGCCUCAAAAACAAAGAUGCAGGAAGAGUUCAGCAGACAGAUGGAGGAGAAAAACAGAGAGCUGGAGACUCUUAAAGAGAAACUUUUCAAGGUCACAGAAUCACACAGUCUGCUGAGUGAAGCAUACCGUAUAACUGUGUUGAGCUUACAGGAAACAACAGAGUGACUUUGGUGAAUAUGAGGCAGAGAAAAUUAUACUUUCUAUUAGACUGAUGUACAUGGAUCCUGACCAUCAGCACAAUGGAAGUAUCUUUUGUCCCGGGGAAAAAAGCAGUGUUUGAUUCAUUCAACAUGGACCCCAACCACAGUGGUGCACAGUACAGUGUACUUUCAGUUCCCAAGGCCUAGAUAAAAUGUAAGGAGAUCAGCAAAUGCAUUUGCCAAAAACCUGUGCCGAAGCAAAUCCGUUGAUCUGUUAAUCUGCUGUGGCCCCUAAGAGGAGCUGCUAAAAAAAGAAGAACAACAGUGUACAGUAAAUAGAUCCUUCUAGAUCCACUAAAUAGAUCCUUCUAGAAUAUUUUUUUUGGUAAAACUGUAGUCCCUUCUAUUUUAAGUCAAAAGUACUGUUUGCCAUUUCUGCUGAUGUUGCUAACUCAGCUGGGGUAACUGUUUUCACGUAGCAAAUAAAAUGCUAUUUGGCAAUGAGUUGAGUGACAUAUGUUGUUAACCAUCCCAGUGUGGUUAUAGUAUAAAACUACGUUCUGCUGGAAACUUUUUAAGCAAUCAGAUAGGUUUAGUAGAACUACUCACUCACUCAUUAUCUAUACUGCUUUAUCCUGUAUUUAGGGUCGCGGGGGGCUACAGUAUGUCAGAAAGCUUACAGCGCUAGGCAGGGUAUACCCUGGACAGGGUGCUAAUCUAUCGCAGAGCAAACACACAUACACUUACUCUCACACUCAUUCACAUGGACUAGAACUAACUAAAAAUAUUAAGGAACAAUGUUGCAGGAUUAUUCUUUGUCCUAAUAGUGCAAAAAAUGUGUUUUUUGACUGCAACCCAGAUCAUUGUUUACAUUUUUACUUUAAUGUUGUUAUUA